AGCAGAGAAGAGAGGAGAAGCCCACAGCUGAAAUGCUGGCGCUGUUCUCCCGGACUGACACACAGACAGCGCUCGCCAUGCACACAGUUUCUCCUUUGAAAAGGGUUUCAUUUUAAAAGUUUAAUGCUAUGAAUCCUCCGUCCUGACAGCUUUUAGCAUCACUCUGUGCCUCGGUAGAAUGAAGGAGAAAAUGAAGCGACACGGAGCAAGUGUGCUGUUGACACUGUGGAUGAUUUUAGAGUGUACAGAAGCAAAGAAAUAUUGCUGGUAUUUCGAAGGAGGAUACCCAAUCUAUUUCAUAUGUCGCUCGUACGAGGACUGUUGUGGGACGCGUUGCUGUGUCCGAGCCCUAUCCAUCCAGAGGCUGUGGUAUUUCUGGCUGUUGCUGAUGAUGGGCGUGCUCUUUUGCUGUGGUGCAGGCUUUUUCCUUCGCAGACGGAUGUAUCCCUCUCCGCUCAGUGAGGAGCCCUCUUUUAAUGUGUCCUUCACCAGACAGCCUGUCAGCACACCUGUCUCCCAGCAACCAGGCUUGCAAGGCUACGUUGACCCCUGCAGCACCAUGACAACGGCCUUAGCCCCUGCCUACCCAGGUCAGCCCACCCCAGCCCAUAUGUUGAGCUUGUACCCACCACCCCCCUCCUACUGCAAUCAACCACCACCCUCAUACGACCAGGUCUUCAAGACAGCCGAGAAGAAGAACCACAAUGAAUCAUCGCAAUGAAAGAGGCCACGAGAACAGUCCACGUGACUGUUUUCUUUUUUAUUUGCUUGUUGUAAGGACGUCUCUUUUUUGCACGCUCCCAGUUUGUCAUUUAUCCCUUGAUAGGUGCACUGUGGUGGGGCAAUAAAGGAAAUGCAUCCUUGAAAGUGGGAUUUCAAAAGCCAAAAGAAGAAAUGGACUUCUCUACCUGACAGAGGUUUGAAGUACCUGUCACAAUGUAAAGUUCAGAAGAGAAAUGGGAGCAUUUCAACUCUUUGAAAACGUAUGUAUUCUCAUCUACAGUGUGUGAGACACUCUAAAGGGAACCUUGGAAGGUAGUUACAAAAACACCCACGCUGAGACACCAGGUGAUAGCAAUCCGUUGUCCUUCGGAAAACAGGUGCUCACUCGGUGGCAGAUGAGAUGCUAUGGAAAUCAUUGAGCAGAUUAAUGCAUGACAUCAAUUCGUUCACCUUGUACAGUCAUGGACCCAUGAAGCAGGGAGUUGACAUACUGUAAACAUUGACCCAGAUACUGAUCCCAAAUCAGUCUUGCAUUUAUCUAAGCCAGUGAAUAUCAUGCGAUCAUGAUAAUGACAGGUCAUGGAACAGUACAUACAUGCAAUCUAGCCUCCAAAACAGGACAUUGGCUGUUUCUUUGUUCAAAUGUAAAUGAUUUAAUGGGUCAAGACACUCUGCUAUGGGUAAAUGGUACGGAACUAAUUGGGUUCUUAUAUGUGUUCUCUUUUACCCAGAAAAAUUUGAAAUAGAUGAUGAACUCACAAGGAGGGAGUCUAUUGAAGCCAUGUUAACCAUUUUUGUCACAGCAAGAGAAAGAAAAUGUAUUCACAUCUUUCCAGUUCAUUACACUCAUAGAGCCCUGCUGUUGUGGAUGGGCUAGAAAAUUACAAAAAGACUCAUUUUGGAUUAAAUGUCUCGUUUUGUUAUGAGCUCAGUCCCAUUAAUGGCCCUCUGUGAGUAUCUUGUGAUUUGUUGGAAUUUAUUUGUACAAAUUGAUUAUUGGGAUACACAUUUCAUUGAAUUGUGUGCAGUUGAACGACAAGGAUUUAUCCCAGUGAGAAUUCUAACUGCGUUUUAUGUCGUUAUAUGGAGGGAGUGAUGCAUUUAGUGCAACAACUGCUUGAAAGCAACUGUAGCCAGGCGCAUUGUAAUUAGUUUUAGCCCUCUUUAAUUAGGAAUAAUAAGAGAUUUUGUUUUGGAUUAGCACUCAGAAAAUAUUCUACAUGCUUUCUAUGUUUUGCUACAGUUUCCUGGUGAAAUUAACACUAGAAGCGUUACAACAACUGUGCGUUUCUUUCACUUUCACACAUAUCACGGGUACUAUGGUUGUUAAUGACUUAAUAAACACUUAUUUUUUGCUCUGUUAUUCUCACCCUGCCAUGUUAUGAUAUCAAAACUAAUCUAAUUACUCUAAUGCAUCAUUUGAAAAGUGAUACAUUUAAUGCUUGUAUUACAGACCCACCUACAUUUACACAUUUAUUCCAAUGUGAUUAGCUUGCGCUGUAGCUCACCUGAUUGUUGGAGUGUUGGACUUUGGACUCGAAGACCGAUGCUCGAGCCCAGCUAAGGACACUCGAAACGAAAGGGAAAAUUAAGCAAAAGUGCCAUAGAAGUGACAGGAAAUGGCAUGGUUGCUUCAAUAAAUGUUCUUUUAAUGUCAACUUUGCUUUAAAACACUAUCGGUUAGGUUUAGGUGUUGGUUUAGGGUAAGGAUGUCUGUUUUGUUUACCUCUCAUAUAAUUUAUUUUAACUGUAUUGGUUAGGUUUAGGUUAAAGUUUUAGGUUUGACCUUGAGCAGAAUAUACCUUUGGGAGCAGAAAGGCAUCAGGCUUUUCUUUUUUUUUUUUUUUUUACACAAAUAUCACCACACAACCUGAUUUCAUUCAUAUACAUAGCUAUUUGUACGUUAAUAUUUGUAACAUUUAAACAUACAUGUUGGUGCAUUUGGAUAGACACUAAAACUUACAAUAAGGGCAUUUAAAAGCAUCUAAAACGUAAAAAUGUUUACGUAUUUAUAGCUUUAGAAACAUAAAAUAUUGACAAAUCCAUAACAACUAUAUUUGAAUACACAAAUCGAUCAUAAAUAUGAAUGUACAUUUUUACUGUUUUAUAGAUAUUUUAGAUCCCUUAACCCUACCCCAACCUCUAAACAGAACCACAUUUCAACAAUAUAAAAACAUGUAACAAGUAGAUUAAUGUACAGUAGCAAUAAUUUUUGUUACAAUAUAUUAAUUUCUAUAUAUUUUACAGCUGCUAAUCCCACACCUACUCCUAAACCUAACCAUAGCCAUUUAUUAAGCAUAUAAAACACAUAAAAGGCAGAUUAAUUUAAUCACAAUAAUUUAUUCAGAAAAAUGGCAAAAUUCAGUACAAAAGUAUUCCAAAGUGUGAUGCGCUGCCGAUGUGCUCCCUGCCAAAUACAAUAGCAUUGUGUGAGGAAGAGAGUAGAAUUAAAAUUAUUAAUUGCUUUAAAUCUUCUCCUGAUGCACUCCAUAUCGGCGCUGUCAUAUCUCAUUCAAACAUAUAUAUCGCAGAAUACGGCAUUUCGCAAAUGGUCACGAGACACUUGAGAGCCAAUGAGCAUUCGACAUCACUGCCGUAAAAACGCUUGUUGUAAUGCUUGAGGCGUCAAUUUUUGAAUUUUGAAAAUGAAACCAACGCGGCUUGACGGUUACAGCGGGUGUGACGGCAGAUGGAGACGGAGAUCGUUGAAUUUGGGUCUGUUUUUCACGGAAAGCAGUCUGAAGAUUUGGAUUAUAGCUAACAAAUGUAUGGGUUAAUUUUAUUAUUGUUUUGUGGUUCUUUUUGUGGUUUAUUUAGUUUUUUGGCAUAUUCUGAAAACUCUUUUGCUCAUAAACGAUUACACAGUUUUUAUUCAUUUUAACAUUUUAAAGUUUAGUCUUGGUUAAAGUGAUGUAAUCUUUUAAAAUGUUGUGUAGGGCAGCAGAAAUCACACAGAACUAAAUAAAACCAUUCAAAUGUCAUAUUAUAAUGUCAGCUGCAUUAAAUAAAUGUGAUGGCAUUUAAGAAAUCUCAUUGAUUAUAAACUAAAUGUAAUUAACUGGUUAAAUCUAUGAAUUAUUCCAAAUUAAUCAAUUCAAACAGUACACGUAUACAUUUGUAAGUUUCUAGUAUGUAAAAUGAUUAUGUUUAGAUGCUGUCAAUAUGUCAAUAUUGUACAUUUCGGUGUCUGUGCAAACGUAAGAGAAUGUACGUUUGCUAGAACCAAACUUUACAUAAGAAUACAUACGAAUUCUCAUGAGAUCACGUUGCACCACAACACUGUUGUUGCGAAUUAGCAGACUGGUCUUUUAGCCCAAUCGUGCAAGGUUUUUAAGUAUGUAAAGCAUAAAAAGCAUAAUUUAUCAGUCUAACAAAGAACUCCCCAUUGCAGACCUAAUAUCUACUGAAAAUGUUAGGUGACCAUAAAUUGGUCCUGGUAUAUUUAAAGUACUUUGGAAAAAAACAUGUUAAAAGUGUUGCUUUUCAUAGUUGUGAUUACAUUGUUAAUGGUUUCAUUUAUUUCAUCAGCUUGAAGUUUAACUAUGCAAAAGAGAAAUGGUGUAUGUUUGCUAAAUGUUAGAAUUUAAUUAAGAUAGGUUAGUGUUUCUUUUAAUCUCAUAAAAUCCUUUUUUGAAGCAUGGUUGGGAAGAUGUUUAAAUGACAAGGUAGAUUCUAACACGACACAUUAUAGGGUGUCAAAGACAGCUGUGAAAUUUUCUGCACCUCAAGCCUUGAGUGACAAAUCAAUAACUAUGCAGUACUAGAAAGAUGUGCGAGCUGUGAUAUUGGGCAUGUAAAAAUGUGGGAAGAUCUGACAAUUUUGUUUAGUAAUUACACUGUUACCUACACUGUCAUUGACACAUCAACAACCAUGUCAUGUGAAAAUAUUUUAAUGUCAAAAGAUAGUCAGUUGUUCAUGAACUACAUUAAUAAAGCACACCUCUGUUUGA